UUCACUAACAAUUUUAAUAGUGGCACUUUAUAAAGUUGAGAGAAAGCACAGGGUGUACUAUAAUCUAAGCAAAGAAUCCAGGAUGCUACACUGAAACGUCAAGAAAUACCAAUUAGUAUGUUAUGUUUACAAACAGCUCAUCAGGAUUAGCAGAGCUCUUCGUGUGGCAGGUGCGCGCUGCGGGUGAUUUACGCGUCUCACUCGUGCUGGACGGUGAUGCCGGGGUCACACCGCACAUGAUUCGGUCACACGAGCGCGUCGGUGUCCCGUUGACAGAUCUGAAGUGACGGGAAAGAGCUCCAACGGCGUGCUCAGUCUACAGGAGAGUCCUCUAUUUCUGUUGUUCAAAAUGAUCAUGACAUUAUCUGUCUCUUGAUGAGUCUCCAGAACUCAUAAUAGAUUACAAUAACUCUUGAGUGCGCAUCAGUGUCCAGAGCUGCAGACCUGUGCGGAGUGCGGACACCUGAGCAGGCCGCCUUGCCUGUGUCUGUAUGGAUGGGAAUGGCAGCACAAGCUGCCUUUGGGAAUCAUUCACACACAACAUGGAAUCACAUCAUUCUCAUUAUUACAACGUUCUUGAUCUUUAGUACUAUUUCAGCAGUGUAUGCACAGUGUCGGAUCCUGCGAUGUAACUCAGAGUUUGUGGCUACGACUCUCGAAAUUGGGGUCCCCGGGGGGAGAGUGGGGGGUAAUGCCAGGUACUGCAGUGCCUUGCGAUCCUACGCCCUAUGUACCCAGCGAACCGCCCGAGCGUGCCGCGGAGACCUGGCCUACCACUCUGCUGUACAGGGCAUUGAGGACCUACUCAUCCAACAACGCUGCCCCAAAACAGGCCCCACAGCGCAUCCACGUCCCCUGCCCCAGGCCCCACUCUCAGGGGACGGAUGCUUCUAUGAGAAGGCGUUUGUGAAGAGGGAGGGCCGGGCCCCAGAAUACCUGCACUGCGGGGUGUUUGGGGACCCUCACAUCCGCACCUUUAAUGAGGAGUUCCAAACGUGCGCUGUGAAAGGAGCCUGGCCUCUCAUAGAUAACCAGUAUCUGUACAUCCAAGCCACGAGCACACCCACUAGAGGGAUCUCUUACUCUACUUUGCUCACAAAGAUCACAGUUAUCUUUAAGAACUCGCGUGAGUGUGCAGAGCAGCAGAUAUACCAGGCAGAGCUGGACAAUGUUCCCCCAGCAUUUGUGGAUGGUUCUAUGACCAGCGGUGAUCGCAGAGGACACCAUAGCCUGCGUAUUCACUCUCAUGAUCCCGGCCAACAUGCCGAGAUCACGGCUACACACAUCGGAACGACACUGGUGGUGCGUCAGAUCGGACGGUCGCUCAGUCUGUCUGUCCGCUCACCUCGCGCGAUCGUGGAGUCCUACACACCCGAGCAGGACCUGCAGUUGUGUGUGUGGGCUUGUCCAGUCUCACAGCGUCUGGAGACGCCACCCAUGCAUCCGUCCACUGCUGUGUACGCACACUGCUCCUCCCUGCUUCCUGUGCGGGAUGUGUAUUUCCAGGCCUGCCUGUUUGAUUUGCAGGUCACGGGGAAUGUGAACUCUAGUGCGUCAGCUGUAGCAGCGUUGGAGGACGCUCGUGCAAUGAUCUCAGUCUCUGAGAGGGUUCACCUGCUGACAGCCAGUGCAAGUAACACCCCUCCGUCUCUGCCGGUGGCACUGGCCAUAAGUGUCCUCACGGAGACCCUCAGACAUGCUGUCUCAGGUCUAGUCUGAUGACUGAAAACUCUGCAGCUCUCACUGCUUUUCUGCGUAAAGUCUAAAGCAAGGCUUACUUGAUUUUUUACUAUACGAUAUUUGCAAUACAAUUGUUCAGUGUAUAGUUGGUUAUAGCUAAUUUAUCUACCAGCCUGACCAGCUGACAAAUGCCCAAAGUCCCUCACAAACCAGCAAAACAGACCAGCCUAACCUGCCUGCCAAGGCUGGUAGAACAACAAACAACUUUAGGCAACCUUAGUUUUCAAAGUUUGUGAGUCUGUAUGUUUUAUGUGAACAGGCUGUCUGGAACUGCCUUUUGUUUUGAAUUCUGUGUUACAUGCACAUAAAGUGUGUGAUUUUUUUUAAUUGAACAUACUUGUGAAAAUAUGAACAUGAAUACGUUUUGGGGAAAAACUUAUGCAAAAUUCUACUCAAGAUAUUUUUGCUUAUCAAAGAAAUAGUGUAUGUUUUUUCAAAGGUUGAUGAGGUUUGUGCAGGAAUAAUUUGAGCAUAUUUAUAAUAAAGAAAUAUCUAUCUAUCUAUAUAUUUAUAUAUAUAUAUAUAUUUCCUCACAACAGUAGUUCAUUGUCGUGUGCUGGCCCACACAGCAUUGAUCAGUGAAGGUAACACCAGAUUUAGCAGACCACAUGAAAUUGCCCUUAUCACCAAAUUAGAUUCAUAUUUCCAAACUAAAAUAAAGACCAUUGAAUACCGUUUCUGUCAAACUAGUUAUCAAUAUUUUAGACUUCCUUGUUAAUUAUGCAUUGUGGAAAUUUAUCAUGAGAAUAUGUGUAAACUUUCCUUUGAAAAGUGAAGACCAAUUACAUUUUCUAUAUUUUCAUUCUUUCAGUCUCCUGAAGAUCAUGCGACUAAUGGUUUAUCAUCUGCAAACUGGUGACAUAUUCUGAGGCAUUUCACACUUGUUUAAAGGAAUAGUUCACUUAAAAAUAAAAAUUCUCUCAUCAUGUACUCAAUCUUAUUCCAUCCCAGAUGUGUAUGACUUUCUUUCUUCUGCUGAACACAAAGAUUUUUAAAAGAAUAUAUCAACUCUGUAGGUCCAUACAGUGCAAGUCAACAGAGUCCAAAACUUUGAAGCUCCAAAAAAGCACAUAAAGGCAGCAUACAAGUAAUCCAUAUGACUCCAGUGGUUAAAUCCAUGUCUUCAGAAGCUAUAUGAUAGGUGUGGUUGACAAGCAGAUCAAUAUUUAAGUCCUUAUUUACUAUAAAACUAAACUUUCAAACCUUUAAACUUUUGUUUUUGGCCAAUUGGAUUCUUCAAGCAUAUCGCCAACUCCUGGGCAGGAAGUAGAAUUUAUAGAAAAAUUACAUAAUAUAGAUUUGUUUCUCACUCACACCUUAUUAUAUCGCUCCUGAAGACAUGGAGUUAACCACGGAAGUUUAUGUGCUUUAUGUGCUUUUUAGGUAAACUAUUAUUUUAGGGGUGAUGGUGUUCAUUUGGUUUAACUUUAAUGUUAUUUUAUAUUCCCCUGAUCUCUUGCAUUGCAAAUAGUAUUCACAAGUUUUAUGUUCAACUAAUGUAUAAGAGGGACAUUAUUAAGUGUACGCAACUUUGGCCCAGGUCUAUAGUGGAUAAAUAAUGUUGUUGUGAGGUGGAAAAAAACAUGAGAAUGAAUGAUGUAAGCAGCUGUGUAUAUUUAUUCUUAUCACAGUGAUUGAUGGGGUUAUAUAACGGGGUUCCUCCUGAACUUCCUUCUGUUGGAAGACAUACAGUAAAAUAUGCUGGAUCAUCAGCAGAUGGCAGUGCUCAUCCAAUCAGAGGAAACUGUCCAUGUUAACCUCACACACGUUUUACAGCAUGUGGCUGCUGUGAUGGGUGCAUUUGUUUGGCUAUCACUGAUACCACUGCUA